AUGGCCGCCGUAGAGAGCGGAGACGAGAGACUCAGUGAGGAGAAGAGUGAAGAUGCCAACCAGAAUCAGAGCUCCAACGACAAGGACCCUAAGACACACAGCAAGCCAAAGAAGGUGAGGCGGGAGCGGAGGGAUAUGGAGAAGGAGAGGCUGGAGUCUUCAUCCACCACCACUAUGUCCUCCCCUCCUCAUCCUCCAGUCCAGCAGCCCAGUGCGCAGCUGGCUGAGGCGGGGCCCUCGGUGCCCAUGGUUACUGCAGCUGGCGAGGCCUCCCCUGCUUCGCCCAAACAGAGGAGGUCCAUCAUCAGGGACCGAGGUCCGCUCUACGAUGACCCCUCUCUGCCCCAGGGCUGGACACGUAAACUCAAACAACGCAAGUCUGGGCGGUCCGCCGGGAAGUUUGACGUCUACUUGAUGAACCCAGAGGGGAAAGCCUUCCGUUCCAAGGUGGAGCUGAUUGCCUUCUUCCAGAAGGUAGGAGACACCGCCACCGACCCCAACGACUUCGACUUCACCGUGACAGGGCGUGGCAGUCCCUCCCGCCGCGAGAAGAGACCCCCAAAGAAACCCAAGGUGAUGAAACCGUCAGGGAGGGGCCGGGGUCGGCCGAAGGGGGGUGGGAAGUUACGCCCGGCCAUGGAGGGCGUGGCAAUGAAGCGUGUGGUGGAGAAGAGUCCUGGGAGGCUCUUGGUCAAAAUGCCUUUCAGCGCAUCCAAGGCAUCUGAAGCGGCGGGGCAGCCGUCAUCGCAGGUCGUAGUCGCCAAGAUGCGCCCGGCGCGGAAAAGGAAGGCGGACACACAACCGCAGACUGCUCCGAAAAAGCGGGGGUGUAAGCCAGGGUUGGUGUCAGCGGCAGUUGGGGCGGUGGGUUCCAGUACUUCCUCAUACGCAGCGGCUGCUAUACUCGCCGCAGAAGCCAAAAGGAAAGCUCAGAAGGAGUCUUCCGCUAAGCCGGUGCAGCAGACCGCUCUACCCAUCAAGAAGCGCAAGACCAGAGAAACUGUUGAGGAGACGAGAGACAUUCCAGCUAUAGCCGGGGCAGGGAUAGGGACAGGGAGUGCUGUGGUGGUGGCAGCAGCAGAGAGGACAGACCAGGGACAGAAGGAUCAGGGACAGAAGCUGCCAAAGAGUUCAGGGAGGAAGCACAAGGACAGUCCCGUGACUGCCGGGCUGACCGCAGAGGACAGUGCUGGGGCCAGCGUUUGGUCCAGUAGUGGGGCCAGUGGAGGCGGCAGCAGCAGUAGCGUCACUACCCCAAAGAGUCACAGCCACAAGAGAAAAGAGCGUACGCCGCACAAACACCUUCAUCACCACCACCACCGUCGCCACAGUCACUCCUCUGUAGUGGAGGAUCCUCCUCCCCCACCCUUCCAGCGGCCCCCUCACCAUCACUUCCCCGGCUUGACUAUGAGCCUGGUCUCCCAUACAGCCAGGGCCUUGGUGGGGCCAGGGGCCCUCCUGCAGAAUGAGCCCCAGGACCUGAGCACCUCCAGGGGCCCCUGCCGGGCCAGCACCACCACGGCCAGAGGAAAGAGAGAGGAGGUCAGGGAUGUCAGACAGGACAGGUGUCCAAAGCCUCCGGCAGCUGCAGUGGUGGGAAUGGGUGACACCAGGGCCAACAAGCAUCAAGUGGACGUGGCAGCAGGGACGGUGGAAGGGAGGGAUUUGAGAGACAUUGUAUCCUGCUUAGUCGUCCCCAGACCUUGCAGGGAGGAGACGGUCUCAGUCGUACCCAGACCUAGCAGGGAGGAGACGGUCUCAGUCGUACCCAGACCUAGCAGGGAGGAGACGGUCUCAGUCGUACCCAGACCUAGCAGGGAGGAGACGGUCUCAGUCGUACCCAAGCCUAGCAGGGAGGAGACGGUCUCAGUCGUACCCAGACCUAGCAGGGAGGAGACGGUCUCAGUCGUACCCAGACCUAGCAGGGAGGAGACGGUCUCAGUCGUACCCAGACCUAGCAGGGAGGAGACGGUCUCAGUCGUACCCAGACCUAGCAGGGAGGAGACGGUCUCAGUCAUACCCAGACCUAGCAGGGAGGAGACUGUCUCAGUCGUACCCAGACCUAGCAGGGAGGAGACGGUCUUAGUCGUACCCAGACCUAGCAGGGAGGAGACUGUCUCAGUAGUACCCAGACCUAGCAGGGAGGAGACGGUCUCAGUCGUACCCAGACCUAGCAGGGAGGAGACUGUCUCAGUCGUACCCAGACCUAGCAGGGAGGAGACGGUCUCAGUCGUACCCAGACCUAGCAGGGAGGAGACAGUCUCAGUCGUACCCAGACCUAGCCGGGAGGAUACGGUCGAGUCUCGGACGCCGAUCACUGAAAGGGUUAGUUGACUGCAUUGCAGGACCCAUGUCUGUAAGGAGAGAGGAGACGUUUAGUGCUGCAGUGGAUUUGAUAAGAAAACAGCAAACAGAAGGCAGCUGUUGUUUGAUGUUCUUUCUGUGCGAGGGGCGGCAGGGUAGCCUAGUGGUUAGAGCGUUGGACUAGUAACCGGAAGGCUGCGAGUUCAAACCCCCGAGCCGACAAGGUACAAAUCUGUCGUUCUGCCCCUGAACAGGCAGUUAACCCCACUGUUCCCAGGCCAUCAUUGAAAAUAAGAAUUUUUUCUUAACUGACUUGCCUGGUCAAAUAAAUAUUGACAAACAAAUAACGCAGCUUAAUGAACAACCCACAACAGAUUGCUUCCUGAUACAUUUUUACUUUUUUUUGUUGUUUUUUUUUGUCAUUGUUUUGUUCUUUGUUUCUGCUUUAAACCUGUUAGUCAUCCACUGCGACCCAUGAUCCUUUGCUCAAAGCUUACAGGACGUGGAGGACCUACACUUCCUGUAUACAUCAUCAGCCGGAAACUAUGGAAUCCAUGGUUUAAGAUAUCAUUGUGAAAAUGGGACUGAAACAGGGUUGUAUUUGCCUAAAGCCAAGGCACCUGUCCUGUCUGGCCCUUUAUAAGUGACUUGUCCAUGUUGUUGUUCUGUGCUCACGUGGAUAGAGGCCUAUACAUAUGCCAUGCAAGCUUCCACAGCUUCUGUUGUAGCAUCCUCUUACUACCGCAGUACGCUCAGGUUGAGUCCAAAAUGGCACCCGAUUCCCCAUUUUAAUGCACAACUUAUUGGGUCCUGGUCAAACAGUGUGCACUGUGUAGGGAAUCGGGUGCCAUUUUGCAUGAAGCCUCGGUUUCUAUUCAUUUAGGUGACAUAUGUUUUCCUCAACCUAUAUUAAGUCUAUGCGUCCCAAUUGGUACCUAUUCCCUAUGUAGUGCACUACUUUAGACCAGGAGCCCUAAAAGUAGUGCACUACUUUAGACCAGGACCACUAAAAGUAGUGCACUAAUUUAGACCAGGACCCCUA